AUGGCUCUGAUUCGGUGGUAUUACCUGCCUGAGGAGACAGAGCAAGGGAGGAAAAGCUUUCAUGGUAUAAAGGAGGUGUUUUUAUCUAAUCACUAUGAGGUGCAGAGCAUUCAUACCAUCCAAGGGAAGUAUGUUGUUUAUUCCUUGGAGAACUACAUGAACCUAAAGCGUGUCGGUGUUGAUGAUUAUUUUUGCCGAUUUGAAUACAACUAUGUUAAAAAAUGUCAUGUCGAUGUUUUUGUUGUCGUGUAUUGCGAGUGUGAAAUGCCAUACAAUCCAGAUCUAUUUAUAGUGCAAUGCGAUGGAUGCAAGUGCAGGAACGGUGUAUUUCAAAUUCGUAGCCAUUUAUCGCUUCUUUUGCGUCUUGGUGAUUUUAUCUAUUCCCUGUCGCAGAAGCGGCAGUUCUUUCACUCUCAUAGAGCUCAGACAAUGGCAUCGGAACAAUUGUUUGCUGAUCAGCGGGACAGCGAAGAUGAAGUUGAUGACGAUGUUGCUGGUCUUGAGGACUGA